CACUGGAAUAUCGAGUCAGAGCGGGAGGACGUGAGUGGAACAGGUCCACCCGGUCUACUCCUCCACCGACACACCUGCUGGUUCUGGGAGGAGCUGAGACAGGUGGACGCUCCUUAACUUGACUGGAAGGGGAGACACUGUGAGCAGUGAGAGGAGGAGAGAGUCAGAGAGUGAGUGAGAGAGUGAGUGGGAAGAAAUACAACUCGGCCUCGGAUCACAGGGACGGGCCUGGACGCUCAGGAUGUCGAAGCCUAAGGAAAACACACAAGUGAAGAUCAGCAAGAUUCAGGCCAACGACCUGGCCGUGCUGAUCGCUCGCAUGCAGCAGAAUGCAGACCAGGUGGAGAAGAACAUCCUGCGAUCAGAGGAGCAUCUGGCUUUGGACACGGAGCGCGAACGGAAGCACCAGCAGCUCCUCCACCAGAAGGAGAACGCAGAGGACCUGACGCAGGCCGAGCGGCUGCUGAAGGAUCUCUUCAUGGACGUGGACAGAGCCAAGAAGCUGGGGCACCCACAGGUCCACGAGAUAGAGAGAGAUGUGAAGAAUCUGCACGAGCGCUGGGCAAAGGAUUGCACCACCUACAGGGAGCUGUAUGACCAGAAGCAGGACCUGGACCUGGCACAGAAGAUCGGCUGGGGUCCUCUGCUGGACGACAAGUUGAAACAGCUGAAGUCAGAACCAUACGGCCCCAAACUGUCUGAUGUGGAGAAGCAGAUUGCUGCACACAACAUCCUGCACCAGGAGAUCGAAGCCUACGGCGUCCAGCUGCAGCCCGGCACCACCAACUCGAAGGAGCAGUACGCCGCCGUCAAAGAGCAAUAUGCCAAACUUCUCGAGAGAUCCCAGCAGAGGCGCAGCUACCUGUCCUCUCUGUACGAGUACAUGCAGACCUGCAGCAAGGAGCUGGUCUACCUGUCGGGGCAGCAGGAGAGGAUCCUCCAGAGGGACUGGAGCGACCGCAUGGUCGACCCCCCGGGGGUCCGCACGGAGUAUGAGAAAUUCAAAAACAAUGGGCUGCUCGCUCAUGAGAGUGAGAUCAACGAGCUGCACGAGUCAGGAGAUCGUCUGGUUAAGGUGAAUCAUCCUGGAACCCCGACGAUCAAGGCUCAUAAAGAGUCUGUGCAGAGCGAGUGGCAGUCCUUCCUCAACCUGUGUCUGGCCCAGGAAACACACCUGGACAACAUCGAAGACUACAAGAAGUUCCAGCUGGAUGCAGAGACGCUGUCCGAGUCCCUGGAGAGACUCAACUCCAACAUGGACCCAAAGGCUCUGACCAAGAAGAGCAACCAUGAAAUCCUGCUCGCACUGGAGGGAGACGAACCAGCAUUGAAGAGGAACGAGCAGCGCCUGGCGUCCCUCAGGGAGACCAGCGGCAAAGUUUGGCCCCUGAAGUUACGACGAACCACGCCCGCCAAACCCAUGGCGGUGGUGUCGCUGUGUGACUGGGCCGAUGAGGAGGACACCGUGCGUCGUGGUGACCAGCUCAUCCUGAAGUCCAACUCUGAUAAUAAGGACUGGAAGCUCCAGACGAGCAGCGGGCGCAUCAAAACGCUUCCUGGGGCUUGUUUCAUGAUCCCACCGCCCGAUGCCGAGUCUCUGGAGAAAGUCAAAGGUCUGGACAGAGCACUGACGGACCUGAAGAAUCGUAGAUCUGGACUAAUGGGCUCACUGAGGAAUCAAACUGUGGAGGUGAUUCGCCCUCAGAAGGCUGCCGCUGUGCAAAGUGCUCCAGAGAGUCCCAAAGCUGCGCAGCUCGCCGGUGACUUAGACCGGAUCAACAAAGACCUGGACAAGCUCAAGAAAGAAAUCCUGAGCCGCCUGAGGGCCCCGCUCGACAACCGCAACCCCACACAAGACCUGGCAAACAGGCUGCAAGAGCAUGAGAAAUCCUCUCUGAGCCUGAGGAAGCUGGAGUCCGAGAAGUCGAGGGUCCAGAGAGAGAUGGAUCCGGUUCUGGCCACGAAACCCUUGGGACCCACCUCCUCCACCCUGCCGAUAAAAUUCAGUGCUGCCAAUAAUAAGAUCGACAACAUCAACACCCUCAUGGGUCUUUAUGAGAAAAAAGCUUCAGCCUCCAUGUUCCUGGAAAAACAACUACAGAAGGGGGAGGUCUCUGUCUCUGGGUUCGAGGACCAGCUCACUAAAGAUGGCGCCCUUCUGGAUCAACCUAACGUCCUCCUGAGUCGCCAGAAGCAGCUGCAGGCAAUGCGUAAGGAUGUGGCCGCAAAGAAACCUGAGUUGAAUCAAUUAGGCAAAGACUUGGACCUGACGGAGCAGGCGUGCAACUCCCUGCAGAAGAGCUUCAAUGAAUACUGUCCCGACAUCCACCGGCAGGAGAACGAGGUGAGACGCCUGAAGAACCGCUACACGAACGUCAGUAACCAGCUCCAAGAAAGGUCCGCUCUCAUACAGGAGGCAAACAACAAAAACCAAAAUUUCCAGAACACCUAUCAGUCGCUGGAUUUCUUCCUGGUUAAUUUGCCCAAUAACGCAAUCAAACCCACGGAUGACGUGAUGCAGAUAACAGCCAAGCAGAACUCCCAGAAGAAAGUGAUCGAGGACAUCAAGAAGAAAUCCGGGGAUGUGGAUCGAGUCAAGGAUCUUUCCUUCGAUCUGCAGAACGUCUUAAAUGAGUACGAGAAGAGGUCAAACACUUACCGAAGCACUCUCAAUGAUGACGAUGAUGACGAUGAUGACGAGGAGGAUGAUGAAGUUGUUGUUGAUGUUAAGAAACGUUCAACUUCCACUAUGGCUAAGGCUGUGCAGAGAAAGGAAAAAGAUCUACUGAACCUUUUCUCUGAGGUGUCGGCAGAGAACAACCAGCGACUCAACCAGUUGGGGAUGGUGAAGAGCAUAAAAGCCAGGAAUGAAGAGAAAGUCAGUCAGGUCGUCAGCAGUCAGCAGCUGCAGCUGCAGAGCGACAGGAAGGACCUGAAGGAAAGCGAUAGCCUGAAAAAGGAGCUAAGUGAGGAGGUGAAUCGUCGCUUACAUGCGGAAAAAGACCUGGAAACGUACCGCCUGAGGUUUGUGUCACUGAGGAACAGGAGAGGAGUGGAGAGGCUGGAGGAGAAGGAGGUGGUGCAGUACUAUCGUGAGCCCAAACUGGAGAUGGAACUAGAAUCCCUGAAAAAGCGCAUCCAGGAGGAAACGUUUAAGAGGUCAAGAACCCACACAGAGAUCGAAUUCAUGAACGAGAAGGUCAUCAGUCUGGAAAGACAGCUGACGAAGAUCGAACCUAGACUAGUGACCAAGGUACUGACUGAAUAUGAGAGAGACCCACAGCUUGAUAUAGAGGCAGCCAAGAUCAGAGAGGAGAUGCAGAGGAUAAAAAUGGAGGUCCAAACAAGAGAUACCGAAAGAGUUCAGGUGAAAACCGAGCUCACACUUCUGUCUCAGCAGACACAAAAAAUCAAGGAGACGAUCGUCAAGAAGGAGGUUGUGAGGCUUGAAAAGGAUCCGGAGAUGCUGAGAUCCAUUUUCAUAUUCCAGGGUGAUAUUGCAGAGGAGGAAUCUCGGUGCAAGUCGCUAAACGAUAACAUUUUUAGCACGAGGAGCCAGAUCAACACACUAGAGAGGGUCAUUCCCACCAUCCAGCCAAAGAUAGUCACGAAGGUGGUGAAGCAAGUCCAGCAAGACCCCGAAACGCUGGAGGAGUCGAAGAAAGUAAGAAUGGCCUUAGGAGAGGAGAAAGAUGAGAAUACUAUCUUGAUCAGGGACUUGACAACCCUUCAGCUACGCUACGGGGAAUUGGACAGGCUCAAGCAAAAGGUCGAGGUUAAAGAGAUCAUCAAUGAGAUCUACAGAGUCGAUCCUGAGACGGAAGUAGAGCUGGUGCGUCUCAAGAAAGAGCUGCAGGACUCUGACAGAAACCGCACCAAUGUGGAAAUAGAAAUCACCACGGUGACGACCUCUCUUACUGCUCAGCGCGCUCAGAAACCCAAGGUGGAGUACAAGGAGGUGACCCAAGAGGUGAUCAAGGAAGAGAAAAGCCCAGAGGUCGUGAGGGAAAUGCAAAGGCUCGGCAACCAAGUCUCCCGUCUGCAACUCAACUGCGACACCACCCUGGAGCUGCUAACCCGCCUACGCAAAGAGAGAGAUGAGCUGAAAGUGGAAAAAUCUAAAGUGGAGACGAAACUGGUGAAUAAAGAGGUCAUCAAAUACGAGGACGAUCCUCUUUUGGAGAAAGACGCUGACAGACUUCGGAGGAAUGUUAGAGAAGAGAUUCAGCAGCGCCGCAGUGUGGAGGAGUGUCUCUUUGACCUGCAGAACCAGUAUAUUACUCUUGAAAGGCAAAAGCCAGAGGAGAAGAUCGUAACGAAGGAGGUGGUGCGUCUUCAGAAGGACCCCAAGCAGAUCCUGGACCACGAAAAGUUGAACAAGAACCUGGAUGAUGAGUUGAAAGCUCGUAGGAAGCUUGAGCUAGAGGUCAGACAGCUCAGAGCCCUGAUUCAGGACAAGGAGACUGCUCUGGCUCAGAUGGAUGAUCGUCAGAGGAAGAUUCAAGUGGAGUCGGAGCUCAGGCAGAUCAGAUCUCGCAUUCUUGAGCUGGAAAACUCUCCGGCGCCCAUUGAGGAAAAGAUCAUCAUCGAGGAGGUGCUGAAAGUGGAGAGGGAUCCAAAGCUGGAAAAGCUCACUGAUGGUAUUCGUGUUAACAUGGAGACAGAGGGCAACAACAUCAGCCGCCUGGAGAGAGAAAUACGCAACCUGAGGGUCAAACUGGAACUCCUGCAAAAGGAAAAGUCAUUGGAGAAGGUUGUUUACCGAGAAGUUGUGCGUGUGGAGAAAGACCCAGUGCUGGAGGCCGAGAGGGAUCAUCUCAGAGAGCUGGUAACCCAGGAGAGAAAUCUCAGACGGGACCAGGAAGAUAAUGUUCAGAACAUCAACAUCAAAUUUGUUCAUAUACAGACGUCAACUUCUGUGACCUCUCAGGAGGGGAAGUCUCUCGUCGGCAACAGAGAUGGUCUCCAGAGGGAGAAAGAGGAUCUUCUCAGACAGCUCAAAAUGCUGGAGUCUCAGAAACACACCAUCAGCAUCACCUUCCAGCAGCAGUCCAAGCUGAUGAGUGAGAGAACCCAGUACGCACGGCAAAGGAGUCUCAAGUCAUCCUCUGAGGUACAACGGCUGGAGAGAGAGAUCCUCCACGAAAAGGACAUGAUACACGAGAGGGAGCAGGUGAUCCUCGAGCUGCUGACUAAAGUCAAGACCGAGGAUCAUAGUGAAACUCACACCAGAGAAACAAACCUCUCCACGAAGAUCUCCAUCCUGGAUCCAGAAACCGGCAGAGACAUGUCUCCCUAUGACGCCUACGUGCAGGGGCUGAUUGAUCGCAAGCAGUACAUCCACCUGGCGGAAUUAGAGUGCGACUGGGAGGAAAUCACUUCAACUGGUCCGGAUGGGGAGACGACAAUCUUGCAGGAUCGAAAGAGCGGGAAGCAGUACUCAGUCAAGGAUGCUCUGAGGGAUGGCCGCUUGAGCCACUACGAUCUUGCCCGCUUCAAGGAACGGAAAAUGCCCAUUUCCGAGUUUGCUCUCCUCGUCGCGGGGGAAACCAGAACGCCUGUCCUUCCUCCGAUAAUACCCCCCCCGAGAUCACCCACUAAAGCCGCUCCAGCCUCUCCCUUGAACACCAUGCCAAGCUCUCUUCGGACCUCCUACACCAGCCUCAACAGUCACCUCAGUGGCAGUUCCAACAACCUCUCUGCUUCUGUUCCCGUCGCCUCCGCAGGCGAUGAAUAUUUUCCAAUCUCCGGUAUCUUUGACACCACCACCGAGAGCCGCAUGUCGGUGAGGAGCGCUCUCACCCGCAAACUCAUAGAUGUCGAUACAGCUCUGAAGCUGCUUGAGGCUCAGGCAGCCUCCGGAGGAAUUGUCGAUCUCAACAAAAAGGACAAGUUGUCCGUCCACAAGGCAGUUGAACAUGGUCUCAUUGACCAGGGUCACUUGUAUAAACUUCUGAAUGCCCAGAAGGCCUUCACUGGAGUCGAGGAUCCUGUGACCAAAGUCCGUCUCGCAGUAGGACCGGCAGCGCAGAAAGGAUACAUCCCCCAAGAGAAUGCUAAAAGGUACAUGGAGGCGCAGUACCUGACCGGCGGGCUGGUGGAUCCCAGUAGACCCGGUCGCCUCACUGUCAAAGAAGCUCUCGCCAACACUUUAAUUGACAGCAAAACUGCCAGUGAGCUGGAGGACGAGGCUUCGCACACGAAAGAGCUGGUCGACCCCGUCACUAAAGAGAAGAUGACCUACAAGGAGGCGAUGGAUCGGUGCAGGAGAGACUUCAGCACCGGGCUCCUGCUGCUUCCUGUGACCUCCACAGACGCCGAGAGCACUCCGUCGUACUCGGGCUACAAAUUCAAUUCCUCCUACAACCGAUUUUAGACGUGCAGCUUGAUUAAGAUGUUACACAGCCGCUGUUGCUAGAGGCCGAACAUCAAAACAUGUACAUGUAAAGAAAUAGAUAAAACGUUGAAAUGGUCUCAGAGUUUUGAAAACAAAAAAACAUUUAAUUUUUGGUGGAUCUGGUAUUUUUUUUUCUUCCUGUUUUGGAUUUUCUGUGAAAAUGGGGGAAAUGUUUUAUAUGUUUUUUGUUUGUUUGUCAAACUAAAUCCUCCACAAGUUAUUAUUAAACUGCACAAAGUUCACA